AUGGAUCUGGCGUUCAACAAGCAGAAGGAUACGGAGUCAGAUCCGGCUCUUCCUAUCUUCGAGGCCCGAGGCAGUGGGCGCAGGCAGCCGGACACAGGAGCCAUGCCGAAACGAGCCGAUGGUCGAUUUCCAGAGCCCCCCGGCCCUCGAUGCGGACACCCAGGCACUGAAGCCACACUGGUUCGGGGGCAGCAACAGGUUGCAGACCAGAUUACCUCUGGUACCUGGGGACGCAGGGUACGCACAGAAACGGCACUCAUCAAAGUCCUCAAUGACCUCCUCACCUCUGCUGACACCGGUUCCCUUAACAUCCUCAUCCUCCUCGACCUGAGUGCAGCCUUCGAUACCGUGAGCCACACCAUCCUGCUUACCCGACUCGGUAUCGAAGCUUCAGUCACCCAAGGUGUUCCCCAAGGUUCAGUACUCGGCCCCCUCCUCUUCAUCAUCUACAUCCUCCCCCUUGCCAAACGACUCGUUCACGCCUUCAUCUCCUCCCGCCUGGACUAUUGCAACUCACUCCUCUAUGGCAUCAGUACUACAUCCCUCAAUAGACUUCAGCGUGUCCAGAACGCAGCCGCCAGACUUCUCACCCACACCAAAUCAUGUGCAAAGAGAGGUCAGUGGGCCAACAAGAGGGAGUUCAUUUUGUCAGUAUCCGGACAGAUCAUUGGUCUGGGCAAUGUUUGGAGAUUUCCAUAUCUGUGCUUCAAAAAUAGAGGUGGAGCUUUCCUGAUCCCCUAUGUGGUGUUCCUGUCCACGUGUGGAAUCCCCAUCUUCUUUCUAGAGGUAUCUCUGGGGCAGUUAACGGCUCAGGGUGGGAUCACAUGUUGGAGGAAAAUAUGUCCCAUAUUUGGAGGUUUAGGCUACGGCAGUCAAGUUACAUCGUUAUACAGUGUGGUGUAUUACAUUGUCAUCCUGGCUUGGGCCUUCCUCUACCUCUUCUCCUCCUUCCACACUGUACUCCCCUGGGCCAGCUGCAACAACACCUGGAACACAGAUAACUGCAUUGAUUGUGGACAGAAUGAUUCAGUUUAUCGCCACAUCAAUGAAAACACAACAUCAUCAGUGAAAGAAUUCUGGCAGAGGAGAGUCUUGGGUUUGUCUGGAGGAAUUGAAGAGAUGGGCAGUAUACGCUGGGACCUGGCUGGAUGUCUUCUGCUAAGCUGGAUCAUCUGUUACUUCUGUAUCUGGAAAGGAAUCAAGGCGACAGGAAAGGUUGUGUACGUCACAGCCACUUUUCCAGUUGUGAUGUUGAUUGUGAUGCUGAUCCGUGGGCUGACAUUGCCAGGAGCUUUAACUGGAAUUAGAUAUUACCUUUAUCCUGAUCUGACCCGUCUGACUGAUCCUCAGGUGUGGAUGGAUGCUGGGAGCCAGGUAUUAUUCUCCUAUGGCAUUUGCGUAGGCACUUUGCAAGCGAUGGGAAGCUACUACAACAAAUACAACAACAACUGCUACAAAGACACUUUCGCCUUGUGCGCACUGAACAGUUUAACCAGCUUUGUUGCUGGCUUUGCAGUCUUCUCUGUUCUUGGCUUCAUGUCGCAUGAAUUGGGUGUUGACAUCUCAACAGUAGCUGAAUCAGGUCCUGGCCUGGCAUUCAUUGCUUACCCUCGGGCUUUAUCCAUGAUGCCUUUACCUCAACUCUGGGCUGCCUUCUUCUUCAUCAUGAUUAUCCUUCUUGGAUUGGACAGUGAGUUUGUGUGUCUGGAAGGCCUGGUGACAGCCAUAUCAGACAUGUUUCCAUCCUUCUUUCUCAUUGGUCAUCGACGUAAACUACUUCUGUUGAUCAUCUGUGGUGUUUCCUUUGUUAUUGGCCUGUUUAUGGUGACUGAGGGAGGACUUUAUGUAUUUCUGCUGUUUGAUUACUAUGCUUGCAGUGGAAUACCAUUAAUGAUUUUUGCCAUUUUGGAGUGUGUCUGUGUGGGAUGGAUAUAUGGUGCUGAUCGUUAUUAUGACAAUAUAAAGGAAAUGAUUGGCUACUACCCCACAUCGCUUAUGAAAUAUUGUUGGAAGUUCAUCACACCAUGUCUCUGUGUUGGAACCCUGAUAUUCUCUCUGGUCAAGUUCACCCCGCUGAAAUACAACAACACCUACGAGUACCCCUGGUGGGGCUUUGCCAUUGGGAUGGUUCUUGCUCUAUCUUCAGUUCUCCUGACUCCUCUGUGGAUUAUCUAUCGUAUGGCUGACCCGGGAACACUGAGACAGAGACUGAAAACGUUAUGCACUCCUGCAUCCGAUCUGCAAUCUUCUCCACCAAAGAAGACUCUUUACCCUGAAACCCCUACUCCUGAUACAGAGCUGCAUGCUUUAACUUAAAAACUAAAACAUGGCAGUACUGAAGAAACUGAUUGGAUUUGUAAUCCCUUAUUACCUGAUGAAUGCAUCACCAAAGAAGAGUCUACAGCCAGUUACAAACUCAACGCAGGAGAUCUUUACAUCCUUGGUGUCUGAAUGUUCUUAUUUUAAAAAGUCCAACCCUUGACUUAAAAUGAAUACUUUGUGGACAGCUGUGUUAAAAAGUUACAAUUGUAAAAAGACCUUAUCAUCUUAUAUAACUUUUGGUGGUGGAUAUUAUUACUUGAAUUGUUCCUUUUAAACUAUACGGGUUUUGGUUGUGCAAAUAAAUGAAUCUUGAUUGAAACUCCAUGUUAA